GGCUGAUUGUGUUAACUAAAACAGAUUGCGGGAGUUUGCAUUUAGACGCGGCAUCAAGGUCAUGGGAUUUGGAUUUUAGUGCUUCAACAUAAACGAACAAAUUUUAAUAUUCACCGUAUAACCGGUGCACAAUAAUGUCUCGUUGCAAUCAGUUACAAUAAUGUCAGAUGUUGAUGCAUACCCAAGGUUUUCAGGUCGUGCACUGAGGAAUGAUUUGUCAGAUAAACUACUUAGUCCAUCUAAACAGGUUAGGUUCCGCUCGAAUGUAAUCACAAAUUCCUCUGAUCAUCUAGCUGACAAAGUGUCCUGGGAUUUUACUGAAUCUGGUCUCGAUGAAUUAACCAAUGUAACAUCAUCUUUUGGUAAUUCGGACUCCAUUUCCAUAUUGCAAAAUCGUUACCCACCAGAUAAUGCGCCAACACAAAGCCAUUUUGAUUCUAAACAAACAUUUUAUGAUGUAUCUGAGGCGAUGGAAAAUAAUGUCAAUAAAAUGUGUGAUCUUUCUGUGAAUACUGAAUGUCACCUUAAAGGCAGCUGUCAAAGUGUUUCAUUCCUCAAAACUACAGAUCACCUCCCUCAGCAGCCGUUAUCAUCCUGUGGUCCUGUAUAUAGUCCCAAAAACUGUCCUUCAGAUGCGAAAAGUUCAAGUGACCAAGAUCCCAGAGAACUACCCAGCUAUCCUUUUACGCAUUCCGAAAGUCUGUCUUUGUCAAGUUUGACAGAUUUAAGUUGUCUGGAUCCAGAUACAACUUCUUUUUGCGAUCCAGGCGAGGCGACUCUAAAUUUUUCACAACCAGUCUUCAAUACAACGAAAGCCUUAGAACGGGAGAUUAAAUCCCUGUCUAAGAAAGUCAACAGUGCUUCCAAAGAGCAUCCCGCUGACGAAAUACGCUUAGAAGCGGAACGUAUUGUAAAUGAAGCUUGUAAUACUCUUCCCGCUGGAGAUAACUCUACCAAUCCUUUAAUUCUCAAUCCAAGAAUCACUGUUAAUAUACCUGAAAAUGUAUCUAUGUAUGAAAAUCUUAUAGAUUUGACAGUGGAUGAGUCGGAAAUAGUACGUUUGGAGCGUCAACGAAUUGCAGCCCAGCGUAAACGGUUGAUCGAAGCGAAUAGGAAACAAAAUAUCAAAGUUGAUUACGGUAAAACUCAGAGAAUUGUGUUUAACUUCUGUUAGAGGGACACAGACUGGAUUAAAGCAUGCUCAAUGCACGAUUGCUUUGGUGCACGCUGAUUGGCUAAUUCCUGUCCAAUCAGCGUUAGUCAAUACUUAGUGAACACUAGAAAUCUCAUGUGAAAAACUAUAAAUACAAUAACGUUUCCCCUAUUGUGCUUACUUACUUCCAUCUAACCUUGUUAUUUGGAAUAUAAUCUCUUUUCCUGUUCAACCGUGUUCUGAUUUGGGGACUUGUUGAGCGAAUCGGUGUCCGAGAAUACUAAGCAAUAGGAAUAGGAUGAACCUGAACCAGAUUUGUUGGAAUUUUUCGAUCCAAACCGUCAUGUCUAUCAGUCAGUCAAUUUACAAUCGAAAGGUAUACGAAGUUUGCUGCCUACCUUGCAUUGUGCUUCUGAUGAUUUGGUCGAUGUGUUCCAACAUAAAAUUGCAUAUGAUUACUCUUCUUGGCUAUGCGAUACUUGAAAUGGCUAAUUGUUUGUGAUUAUCGGUCUCUUUUUGUUUAAGGAGGAAGGGUGGUUAAUAAUUGGCAUCAUACCCCUGAUUGUACAGUAUUUCUUUAAAUUUUUUACACGUAUUGAAAUAAAAUAAAGUACGGGAAUGAAAUAAUUGUGAGAAUCCAUAGAAAUACGUGAUAAAAUGAUGUUUCAAUGUAAUGUUUUUCAGUGUUAUGAGUUGUUUUGGUUUUGUGUACAUCUUAACGUCUAUGCCUAAUCAUGAACUAUAUCAGUUAGAACUAUAUAUGAAACCUAGGACAGUCUAUUAAAAUCAUAAAAUCAAUACGCUUUCCGUACGUUCUCGCAUUUACUAUUGUAAAUCAGUCAUUCGCAUUCGCUGUUCUGUGAUGUGCUCAAACGCAUCAGGAUCCAAGACAAUUCGAUAAUAUGUUAAUUUUUACGUUAUGGGAUACUGGGUUCGUGCAUAGGAAGUACACAUCCACUCCUACAGUCAUAAGUUUUAACAAACAGUCCAGAGGAAUAACUAAGCAAACUUAUCUUCCCAAAAUUAUAGCAUAUGGAAUUUAGAACCAUUAACAGAGUAAGUUUCUAAAUGCCGCGUUAACUAAUGUGCAGUAUUAAAUCAAACAAUCAUAUACUAGUGAAUUGUAAAUUAAUAUCUCUCAGGACAAAAAUGACGUCACUUCAAUGUGCAAACAAGUGUGUUUAUUACCUGUGUUUGGUAACGUGUACUAUGUCUUAUUUGUUAUUCCGAAGUUUCGGUUAUGUUGGUUAUUACCAUUUCUAGUUUGCCAAUUUUCCUUCGUGUCCACAGAUCAUGUCUCAUUUCUAUGGAUACUGAAUUCCUCUUCUU